UUGGUUUAUAUAAGACGAUUUCAUAUCACGCUUAGUUUCUUUUUCCACAAGUGAAUCAUUAAACUUCCUUGUUGAGAAAUGAUCACGCAAAGCUCUAUGGGAUAUGUAUACAGUAGUCAAGGAGAAAACAAGACUUCAGAUCUUAACAAAAAAUAAUUAUUGCAUGAAUUUGUGACAUUUAAAAGACACAUUGCACGGAAUACUUAAACUUAUUGGUUUAAAAUGGCUUCAAAGCACACAAAGUCCUUCAAAGACUCAAUGUCAAUGGCAUCUGAUUUGAUCCAUGACUUUGUCUGCUCUCCCUGUCAAGAAGACAAGCUUAAUACUGAGGCCAAGUAUUUCUGUGGGGACUGCUCAAAGUACUUCUGUGACAAAUGCCUGACAUUUCACUCCAAACUCUUCAAACAGCAUGCUGUGUUGGGCCGUAAGGAUGUGGACAAGUGGGUGGGGCAGGGUGACGCCCUCAUUUCAUGUGACCUUCACCCUGGUAAGGUCAUUGAACUUCUGUGUGAGGACCAUGCUGAGAUGUGCUGCCACCUCUGUGUGUCCUUGAAUCACAGGAUGUGCAGAACCAUCAGCUUGAUCUCAGACCUGGCCAAGGGCGUAUACAAGAUGGCCGAUUUCAAGCAGCUUCCAUCCAAUGUUGCUAAGAUAACAACAAGCCUUAACCAGGUUAGAGAGGUCAGAAAGAAGAACCAAGGCUCAUUAAAGACUUCUGGAAAGUCCAUGCUGACAAAGAUCAAGGACUUAAGGAAGUCACUGAACCAGCUGCUAGAUAAGCUGGAGAAGAGGACAGUGAAAGAGAUGGAUAGCAUCCUGGCUGACCUGGUUGACACACUACAGAAGGAUAUUGACUCCUGCACACUCAUAAAUGACCAGCUCAAGGCCUUGGUAGACACCAUCCAAGCCCAGGGCAAGGACGAUGAGUCAAGCUCCUACAUUGGCUUCAGGAAGUGUGAAGAGAAGAUGGCAAAAGCCAACAGCCUGCUCCAGGAGAUGUCCACAAAACCUGAAUUGACUGUCACUUUCCAGUCAGAUACCAGGGUUACACAACUGCUGUGUGAUAUAAAAACAUUAGGCAAGAUCCUGGGGAAUCCCGAAACACCGACUGGCCAUCAACUGUCUGGACAGUUUAGGCCAUUGUCUGAUAGAUCAAGGGUUAUCACAGUUAAAAACAAAUCCACUUUCAAGCCUGAUACCAGAGUUACACAACUGCUGUUUAUGCAUUCAUUAGGCAAGCUCCAGGGUAAUCAGGAAACACUGACAGGCCAUCAAAUGUCUGACAUGAAGUCUUCUGAACAGAUCAGGCCAUUGCAUGAUAUAUCAAGGGUUUACACAGUUAAAAACAAAUCAACCUUCAAUGUGAACAUCAAGCAAGAUACAGGUACCUGUAUUAUUAUGGGUAUUACAGAACUUCCAUCAGGAGAGAUUAUUCUUGUAGAUAACAGAAAUAGCAGAGUGAAAAUAUUGAACAGGGAGUAUAAGGUAAUAGCCCAAUAUGAUGUCCCUCAAAACCCCCAGGACAUCUGUCAUGUGACUGGUAAGCAGGUGGCUGUAGCAGUAGACUGUGAUGAUCCUGUCAGGCAUGAGGUCCACUUUCUCACUGUGACAGCUGGCACCAUCAAGAUGACCAGGAAGUUCUCAGUUGAUCAUGACUGCUUGUCCAUCAGGCACCAUGGGGACCAGCUAUAUGUGGGCUCCAAAAAUGCCCUGUACCUCUACACCACAGACGGCAAGCAAGUCAAGAAAAUGUAUGAAGACACAUCAAGAAGGCAGACAGUGGCUCAAUUUGCUUUUAACCAAGAUGGCAAGAGAAUAUACAUCUGUGACUAUUCCAAUCGCAAACUCAUUACAACUGACAACAAUGGCAUCAUUCUAGCCACACUGCAGGAUCCAGACAUUGCAUUGCCAUAUGGUGUACAUGUGAGUGAGGGUGGACAUGUGUUUGUGAGUUCAUCGGUCACCAACACAGUGGUGCAGAUUGACCAGGAAGGCAGGCAGAAGCUGGCCACACUGGUCAGGGAAGGAGAGGGCAUCAUCUAUCCACAUGCAGUUUGGUACAGCACCCACACUGGCAGACUGAUUGUGGGUGGAGUACAAGAUGACAUUCUGGUGAUGGAACUCCAGUAGAGAGACAGUCAGAAAGUCAACAAUAGUUGUAAAAGGUUAAUGAAGUGAUGGUAGGAAAAUAUUGAGAGAGACAGAACAUCAGAUGCAAACCAGUAAUAUUACAUAUUGUAACUGUAACUACUUGAAUGUAAAUCAUAUUUUAACUAUGUUUAAUUCAAUUCAUAAUAAUCUGUAUGCUAAUCUAGAUUUUACUAAUAUGACUUUCAAAAUACAUUUUUAGAUAAACAAGAAAAAACACACAGAAAUAGUGUAAAUAUAUAGUAAGUAUGUGUGUUUGUUUAUAUUUAAUAAUUGGUAUCUGUAAUUGUUAAAACCUUUUUUUAAUUAACAUUUGUAUCAUGCAAUACCUCAUGAAAUGAUUCGAUAUAAUCAUAAAUCAAAUAGCACAAUUUAGUAUCACCAAAAUCAAAUAUUUUAAUUUAGUAUAAUCAAUAGUUAUGUUAGCUGAUGUAUAUAUUAUUAUCAUUUAAAUUUUAUUACUGUUUAAAUACAAUACAUUUAAGUAAGAUUUUUUAAAUUUACAUCUGUAUCAUGCAAUAUAUAUCUCAUGAAAUGAUUUAAUAUUAUCAAAAACAAAUAAAGUGAUUAACGGUAGUAUCACCAAAAGAAAUAUCCUG